UUAAUUUUAAAUUUUAAAAGGCAUGACACAUGAAGAUUUAAGUUUAUACUUAUUAUGAAUAAAAGUUUGUGUUGCAAAAUAUUGAAUUAUCAUAAUUUACUACUGAAGAAUUUUAUCUGGAACAACUCAAAGUUUUUCAUUAGAGAUUUUUCCAAGAUAUCCAACCAAAUGCUACGCCCUUUAGUAUUCUGCGGCCCGUCGGGUUCAGGCAAAAGUACCCUAGUCAAACGCCUAAUGAACGAUUUUCCAGACAAAUUCGGAUUCACCGUGAGCCACACGACGCGCUCACCAAGACCCGGAGAAAUCCACGGAAAGCACUAUUAUUUCACCGACGAACGCACCAUAAGACAAGCUAUUGAAAAAGGAGAAUUCAUCGAACACGCAGUAUUCAGCAGCAACAUAUACGGAACCAGCUUCGAAGCAGUGGAAAGUAUCACUAGGCAAGGCAAAGUAGUACUGAUGGACAUCGAUAUGCAAGGCGUCAGGCAAGUGAAAAAAACCAAUCUGAAUCCUUGGUGUGUGUUCGUACAACCGCCUUCAAUCACUGAAUUGAGGAAGCGGUUGCUCAAAAGAAAAACCGAAAGCGAGGAAAGCUUAGAGAGGCGAAUAGCUAAUGCCAGAGAGGAAAUUGCUUUUGGUUUGCAGGCCAGGAACUUCGAUAAAGUUAUUGUCAAUGAUAAUUUGGAUAAGGCUUAUAAGGAAUUGAAGGAUUUUGUUGAAGAUAAAGUGUUGGGUUCGAGGAUAACUUUGAUGUGAUAGUUUUUGACAGUAUUAUUUAUUAAGGGGAAGGCUAAUUUUUGCUUGAUUGAUGAAAUAUGUUCAAAUUAAUCGCUUUUCCAACUUUGAAGUUAGGUUAAGACUUGUGUGUGUGUUUUUUUAUUAAUAAAAAUAUUUGCAUCUGUG